AGGUUUUAACGCGAGUGGUGAGCCAUCCACUCACAGUCCUGAUUGGCUUUUUUCCCCCUGUGUUUACAUUUAAUCCUUAAAUUUUAUUCUAAUGGCUCCAAACUUCAAACUCUUCUCACUCAUUUGGCUAGUUGCAGCCUGUCUUGCACCUCAAGCAGCAACAGCCGCUGAUGGUCCACCAGUCCCAACACCUCAAGCAACAACAGAAGCAAAUGGUACACUAGUCCCAACAUCGCAAGAAACAACGGCAGAUCCAGGUGGUUCAUCGGCAACAACUCAAGAAACAACGGCAGGUCCAGGUGGUUCAUCGGCAACACCUCAAGUAACACCAGAUCGUCCAUCCACAAAACCACCAUUAACACCAGCUCCAACAAAACCACUUCCAGGCCCAUGUGAGUCAAACCCAUGCGGCGGUGGUAGCACCUGUGUACCUCAUUUCAAUCAAAUGUUUGAAUGCCUGUGUUUGCCUGGUAGGGUCUACAAUAAAGACAGCAGCACUUGUGAGAGUGCCAAGGUUUUCCCUGGACAACUGACCCUGACAAACCAGUACAAUUCAAACCAUGCAGACCCCACAUCAGAAGACUUUCUGAAUGUGUCUAAAGGCGUUGUUACAGAGCUGGACGAUGUUUUUAAGUCAACUACUGGCUACUCUAAAUCUAUAGUGCUGAAACUGAAGUCCACUAGUAGUGUCAGAGUGUGGUUCAGGGCGACGUCAGGUAUCUUGGCUGAAGUAGAGAACAUCUUUGAGCCAGCAGCUGUCAUUGAUACUAAAACAAUUACAGAAACAUUGAAAAAGGCGAUUAAAGACUCAUCUAAAGACUCUAUCCUGAAUGGGGCAGCUUUUAAAGAGGAUGACCUGUGUACUUCAAAACCUUGUGAUGUGGAAACCACUGAUUGCACUGGCAAGGAUGGAUCUUUUGACUGUUCAUGUAAGGACGACUACAUUAAGACGAGCUACAGCGACAGAGUAUGCGUUGCUUGUCCCAGUGGGCAAAAAGCUGGGCCCAGUGGUUGUGUCGCUUGUACAUUUGGUUAUUCUGGCUUAAACUGCAAUGAAUCAUGGCAACUUGCGCUGGUAGUCGUGUCUGUUGUUGUAGGACUGCUGCUCAUCUCAGCCAUUGUUAUGGUUGUAUUGGCACGCAGGUACGUUUUCCAUCUACUCAUUAAACAAUUUGUCAUUACUUUUUCAUCUCUGUCAUGUUUUUGUCAUAUUCUCUCUUCUUCAUGCAAGUCAUUAACCUUUUAACACCUAUGCCUUCCUGAACCGCAGAAUGAGCAUGAGAUGCAGGACCAACAUGUAGAUGACUCCUAGCAGCAGCCGGCAAAACCUGGUCCCUAAUGGGAGGAACCCGCGGCUCUAUGAUGACCCUGACGACAUAAACCCAUACACACAGGCU